AUGCAGAUUGAAGGGAACACCAUGAAUAUCCCAAGAUGGUCCACUGAUUUUGACCCCAACAAGGAACUCCCUAUAGUACCUAUAUGGUUUAAACUUCCAUGGCUUAAGCUGCACUUUUUCAACCAUAAAGUCCUAUUAAAUAUUGGACAAGCUUUGGAAAAACCUCUUAAAUUGGAGGUUCCUACAUUUAACUUAUCUAGACCUUCUGUGGCUAGAAGUUUAGUAGAAAGGGACAUUACCCUCCCUAUAGUUGAUGAAAUCUUGUUGGGAACUGAACACAAUGGAUAUUGGCAGAAGAUAAUUGCUGAACAAAAGCCCUAUUACUGCUACCAUUGUUGUAUGUUUGGGCACACAAAUAAUAAAUUUUUUAAACUUCAUCACCCCCGCAGGAAAUUUGACAAUCCUAGGGCUCCCAAUAAAGAUACUGAACUGCCCCCAUUGGUGUCUCUCAAAGACCCAGAAGAUGAACUGGCUACAGAUAGUGCUAGUGCUGAAACUGACAAUGAACUUGUUACUCCCGCUCUUCAAACAAUUCAGCAAGAAGUUAUUGAGGUGGACCAUAGUGAUCCUAUGGAUAUUAACUUAGUUGAGGAAUUGCAGAAUGCAUUGAAAGAUGAAUGGAAAGUCCAAAAAUCCAUAUUAAAGAAAAAGGGAAAUCAGGAAUCAAAAAUAGUGCGGGAAAGAGUCUAUUCCAUCAGGGACAAAAAAUCUCAUAUUGGAGGCCAUGCUAAAAACCAGAAGGAGGGGUAA